GCUGAUGAAUCUUGUCACCUGGCGCGUUUGGGCAUAAAAAUAGACAAAUUGGAAUCAGAGCUUAACUCAGCUGUGCAGAGGGAUUCACGUUACUGGCUUGAGAAUGACACCAAAAUCAAUGCUGUCCAGCAGGGUGUACCAACUUAUGAACAUUUCAGACAACUAGUUGCCGGAUGCCACCUGAAGCCAUUAGAUAAAAAUGAAGAUAUCACUAAUCUCAGAGCAGUCCCCAGUUGGAACCAUGUCCUCUGUGACUCUUUAGAUGGACCACAACUUGAGGCUUUGAUAACUGACUCGAAAGCCUUUCGGCCAGCAACACUUAGAAGUGUUAGUGACUAA